AUGAAUCAGUCGUCAUCUUCAACCGCCAACGAAACAAAUGUCCCGUGGAAUAAAAUCGUUCUUGGUGUGUUCCUGUAUUUUAUUGUUCUUGUUACUAUUUUUGGUAACAUCCUAGUACUGGUCGCCGUUAAAAGUAACAAACGUCUUCAGACGGUGUUUAAUUUUUACGUAGUGAAUUUAGCUUUGACAGACGUUUUAGUAGCGGUUACGGCAAUGAGUUUCUACACCUUGGACAAUAUUCUUGGUUAUUGGCCAUUUGGAAGGAUAAUGUGUGGUGUUUGGAUAUUUUUUGAUUAUGGAAUGACGUUCGCGUCCGUUUUCACGCUUUGUAUUAUCUCUAUUGACCGAUUCUGGGCGGUAAAUUGGCCGAUACAUUACAAAUCCCAUCAUAAUAAAAAGAAAGCCCUUGGGAUGAUAUGUGGCGUAUGGUUGUUUACAUUGGUGUUAUGGUUACCCCCGUGUGUACUGGACCGUGUACAGAAUUAUAUUGCAGACGACACCUGUAUUUGGGACCCGUCAUUGAACCAAGAAAUGGUUAUCGUUAUAGGAGUUGUCGGUCACCAUGGUUCGUUCUUCCUGCUGUUCGGGUGUUAUCUCCGGGUUCUUUUUGUAGUACGACGGCAAAGGAAAAUUAUUUCGGCGGAAAUCACUCCAGACUUAUCGAAUAAUUCAAUUCUGAGUCGUCGAAAUCAAGUUUCAAAUUGUACAGUCAGUGAAACAGAUGACAUACCUUCUGUGUCGGUAAUCUGCAACAAAAAGGACAAUAAUCAUCUUCAAAUUCCCAAUUUCUACAAGGCAAACUCAACAAAUUCAGAAUCUAGAAGCAGUAACAAUAACCAUCGAAGAGCUGAAAAUCAAAUCAAAGAAACAAGAACAGGCUCUAAAGCCAUAAAAGAUUCCAAAGUUUUUAUAACCUUGACCUACAUCAUUGUUGGAUACAUCAUUUGCUGGGUACCAUUUCAUGUUGUCUAUGACAUCACAGCAAUUCGCCCAGAUUUAGUGUCGGAAACAAUGUAUUCUAUAACAUUCUGGUUGACCUACAUAAAUUCUACAUUGAAUCCAUUUCUCUACAAUUUCGGAAGUCCAGAAUUCCGAUCAGCCUUUCGUGAAAUACUACGUGGAAAACAUAUGUAAUUCAAAUCCUACCAAA